GGAGGAGGGAGCCGAAGCAGGAAGGAAGGCAGGCAGAGAGGGAAGGGAGGCAGGCUGUGAAUGCUAACAAGCCCCGUCGUAAUCAUACAGCUCCGUAGGUAGGGUUUCAUAAAACAUCUUGCAAUGGAGAGAAACGACGACCACUAUUAAAGACUUACUAUGCGCCAGUGCCGCGUUCGCACAGUGCGCGUGCAGCAGCCUCACCGUCGUCGGCACGUUUGAUCAGAAAAACCGUCUUUUUUCCGCUGAGUGAAAUGUAUCGCGACUGCUCGGGACUCACAUUCUGACAAUGGAGAUUGAAAAUAUCGUGGCCAACACGGUUCUCCUGAAGGCAAGAGAAGGUGGAGGAGGGAAGAGGAAUGGCCGCAGUAAGAAAUGGAAGGAGAUGCUAAAACUCCCCCACAUUAGCCAGUGUGAGGAGCUACGCCGCACUAUUGAGAGGGACUACACCAGUCUAUGUGAGAAGCAGCCCAUUGGUCGGCUGUUAUUCCGUCAGUACUGUGACACCAGGCCAGAGCUGAAACGCUGCAUUGAGUUUAUGGACGCUGUGGCCAUGUACCAGCUAGCUCCUGAUGAGAAGAGGAGGGACUAUGGACUGAAUGUUUUAGACACAUACUUUAAUAAUGGGUCGGCAGCCCAUCUGCCAGACAUACCGCAGGAGGUAGUCGCUGGGUGCCGGGAGAGACUGGAGCAGAGUCCGUGUAAGGAGCUCUUCAAUGACUGCACCAAAAUAGUUCGUGAUUAUCUGAGUGGAGCUCCAUUUUCCUCCUACCAGGAGUCCAUGUACUUCUCUCGCUUCCUGCAGUGGAAAUGGUUGGAGAGGCAACCAGUAACCAAAAAUACCUUCAGACAUUAUAGAGUACUAGGAAAAGGUGGAUUUGGCGAGGUUUGUGCCUGCCAAGUACGUGCCACCGGUAAGAUGUACGCCUGUAAAAAGCUGGAAAAGAAACGAGUGAAGAAAAGAAAAGGUGAAGCAAUGGCACUAAACGAAAAACGCAUUUUAGAAAAAGUUAACAGUAGUUUUGUAGUUAGUUUAGCAUAUGCCUAUGAGACCAAGGAUGCGCUGUGCCUGGUGUUGACCAUAAUGAAUGGUGGUGACUUAAAAUUCCACAUCUACAACAUGGGCAACUCGGGCUUCGACGAGCAGAGGGCCAUCUUCUAUGCUGCUGAGAUCUGCUGUGGCCUUGAGGACCUGCACCGUGAGAGGAUAGUCUACAGGGAUUUGAAACCUGAAAACAUUCUUCUGGAUGAUCGUGGACACAUCCGAAUUUCAGACCUGGGUCUUGCAGUUCAAAUCCCUGAAGGAGAGACGAUACGAGGGAGAGUGGGCACUGUUGGAUACAUGGCUCCCGAGGUGAUCCAGAACGAGAGCUACACCGUCAGCCCGGACUGGUGGGGGCUGGGCUGCCUCAUCUUUGAGAUGAUCCAAGGCCAGUCGCCCUUCCGCAAGCGCAAGGAACGCGUCAAGCGGGAGGAGGUGGACAGACGAGUGCGCGAGGACCAGGAGGAGUACUCUGAUAAGUUCUCCGAGGAGGCGAAGGACAUCUGCAGACAGCUCCUGGCCAAGGACCCCAAGGAGCGACUGGGUUGUCAGGGUCGCGGGGCCAUCGAGGUCAAGCAGCACCCCAUCUUCAGAAACAUCAACUUCAAACGGCUGGAGGCCAACAUUCUGGACCCUCCCUUCAGCCCCGAUCCUCGAGCCGUGUACUGUAAAGACGUCCUGGACAUCGAGCAGUUCUCCACUGUCAAAGGCGUGAACCUUGACCCCACCGACGACGACUUCUACCACAAGUUUGUCACAGGCAGUGUCUCCAUCCCGUGGCAGAACGAGAUGAUUGAGAUGGAGUGCUUCAAAGAAAUCAAUGUCUACGAGACUGACGGGACGCUGUGCUCAGACCUGGACGUGAACCGGCCUAACCCUCCACCAAAGAGAGGCUUCUUCUACCGCCUGUUCAGAAGAGAGGUCUGUUUUAAGAGCGGUUACAGUGACGAUGAGAUCGAAGAGCCCUCGCGACUUUAAACCACUCCCUCCACCUCCACCUGCCUCCUGCCUAACCCCACCCCCCCAACCCGCCGCUGAACUUCACCACAAACUCCAACCGAGCGCAAAUCUUAGGAACUCAGUGAAUGUUGACCUGUAUUUAUGAGCUGUAUUAAAAGUGUAUUAUAAUUAAAGAAAAAAGUAUGAGUUUAAAGAUUUUGUACAUUUGUACUUGAAUUUAUGUCUAGAUGUAUAUUUUCACUAAAGGUUGUAUUGUACAAAAAGCCAUAAAAGUACCACUUGAAUGCAUACAUUACAUUUUUAUUUCUUUUUUUUAAUUUUCUUUUGGAAUGAGUAUGGAUAAUGUGUAUUGGGGAGUUUUUUUAAGAAGCACAGUACCAGUUGUCUUUUUAUUUUUCUCAAUGUAGCAUAAGGCCUUUUUUUGUUUUUAUGUGUGCUGUAUGUUUAUCAUUGAUUUGGCCAAUGUGACGUGUUGUUAGCACAUCAGACCCGCCCGGUCCCAGACAAACCCAUAGCCUAUGUAUCCCCUCAAGGCUCAGGUAGAUCUGAAUGAAGCUUGUAGAUCCAAAUGUUAAGGGGAAAAUAAAUCCAGUCUAACUUUGCUGUGUUUAUGCCAUGCUGCUUAAACCCUUCCCGUGCGUUUCCACCUUAAAUGUCCACCUGUCCUUUCGAUCGAAGGACACGAAGUUGACCUAGAAGUGAUAAUCCAUGUCCUUCCGUCAGCUCUGUUAGGCAGGUUGGAUGGCAAGUAUUGGUGUUUGGCUGGUGUGUCGUAAACGGUCUUCUAGGUGCCUGUACCAACUCGAGUCUAGCAGAGGUGGCAUGGAUUUAUUUCUGACAAUCUUUGAGACCUGGAAAAUAAAGGAAAUAUUAUGGAGGGCUUUUUCCAUAAUACAGUACAAGGCCUGAUAAUUAUCAUUAAGUAAAUGUCUGUUACAAUAUUCACUCAGGCAGAACAAUUCUGGUGAUUUCUCUUUAUUCCUCAUCUUUUUUUUUUUUAAAUUUUUUUUUCUUUUUUUUUUUUUAAUCCUGCUUCACUUUUGUUGUGCUACCUGGCUUUACCUUGUUUUCCUGACCUGUCCAGUAAUUAUGAACCUCUUUUAUUUCAUCUCCUUUCCCUCGAAUUAUCCAAGUAAUUUGCUGUCCAUAUUUCUUAGUAUAACAGUAAAUCUGAGACUGGUUGACUGGUGAAUGAGUUGGAACAUAGUGACAGGUGAUGGUGAUGAGGAUGAUAGGGUGGUAUCAGAGAUCUGACCUGCAGCCGACAAUGGCUUCAUCUAGAUAACAAAUUGCUGUUGCAUCAAACUAACUUCCAUUGAUUCAGCUGUCAGCAGCUAUUAGCCUCUGCACUGAGUCGCGAUACAGCCUGCUUUGGCCUGUGCGCCUGUUGAUCAUAGAUAGCACGAUGCCCGUCGGCCACAUAUCCUGCUAGUAGACCUCCAGCUAUAAUCCUGUGGCUUUAGCUGUGUUUGUUCUAGAUAAAAAUAAAAUCUGUUAACCGUAAUAGCGCCCACCUUUUUACUAUUCCAUUCAAAUCUUGUGUGUUGUUCUCUCAUAGGAAUGACUUGAGACAGUUGCUUGUAUGCGUGUAGACGGGGAGAAACAGGUGGAUAAUAUUUGAACUCCUGCCUGCAGAGUUACCAUCAUCUGUGUACAGGAACACUCGACCACUUGCAGAACCACAACUGUUGUGCACUUUUGUUUUUAUCAUAGAGGAAGUUUUUGGCCUCCAAGUUAACCAAUCGUGGACAAAUAGAUUUUCUGUGCAUUACCCAAACAUGUUACAAUAAGGAUUCAACAUGUUCACUAUUUGUGUUUGUUCUCACUGGCAUUUCAGAGGCAUUUGAAGCCAUUUUGCUUGUGAAUUUUGCUUUUGAGGCAGUCGCUGUUUACUCCCCCACCACCUGUUUUAAUGCUGUGAAUACCCAAUCUGGACAUGUUAGCUUCGUGUGUGUAUAUGAUACUGUAUGCAAAUGCAGCUUUAGUUCAACCUAAUGCAUUGAAGUAAAUUUGAUGUCCAAAUUGUGAAGUUAGAAAUUAAGUUACUGAAAAGGUUCAUUCAUUGUGAUUCUACAGAUGUUUCCAACAUCACUAAUAAAACAAAGCAAUGUCUGCAUUUUGUCAAUACAAUAGGUCAAAAUCAUGUAGGGACUUGAAUGUCACUCAAACAACUCAAAACUGCAUAUAUGUGAAAUGGUACGCAUAUAUUUCCCCACCCGGUUACUAAUUCGGAGAGUUGGCUUGUUCUAAAAGUUUUGUCCCCUGUUGCACAUUCCAUUAUCAAAAUCAGGAAUCAAACGCAUCUAGCUGUUGCUGGCUUGUCACUUGAGUUUCUGAGUGUUUUGUUCUUAUUUGUUGCUCUCAGGCACAUUUUGAAGCUGAUUUCUCUUGCCUAUGUAGAUUUUAGCCUUUUAGCUCUUUAGCCUCAAAAACCUUGUAAAUGAUGUAUUUCUAACAUGUAAUUAAGCUCUAACCCACAUUCGCUCACUCUCACAGGGAAACUAAACUGUGUUCGCCACCCAUGCCUCUGUCAUUGUUUGGAGUAACUUUACUCUUCUACCAUCCAUAUAGCAGUAAAUAAAUUCUGUUUAGUUUCAUUGCACUAUGGUGUGUUUUGACAAUGACUAUAGGAAGUGUCUUUAACUUUUUUGCCAAUGAUACCAAAAGCAACAUUGAGUAAAUCAAAUGUGUUUUAUUAUCUGAAGAAUUUACUGAGGAAAGACUGACAGCCUUUAUUGUAUGUGCCAAUUACCAAGUUAAUUUAUGACAUCCCACCUUUUUCAACCUCUUAAUCCUUCCGUCCAUUCUGAGAGAAAUUCCUUCACAUAAAGGAACUUUAAACAGCUCAACAGUUUUGAAUGUCCGCACUAAGUGCAUUGUAAUGCCUGUUUUAAAAAAAUACAUAUGUUUUAUUACUCAAGCAUGUAUCGGUUUGUAAUACUUCAGGUUCCUUGUAUAUGUAAAUGAUGACCUUCUAGUGCCAACAUAUCUCACUGGUAUCUGAGGACAACUUUAUAAAUGGCAAGGUGACCAGCUGAGCUGGCCCUGUUUGAACACAUAGCAAGCAUUCCUUCUCUCCUGCCUUCCUCAAAGGUGGUGAUGGUGAGUCAGCCCCGCUAAAACUGGGAUGACCCUCUCCAGCAUCUUUAGAAGUGAGAGAUCCUCAGUUCCUUGAUGUCACAUGAAUCUAGUUUUGGGAUAACCAUUGAUGUAUGCCUGGAGAUUCUUCUGGGUUUCACUUUCAGUCCAGAUAUGUCAGUGAAGUGAUAUUUCAAGGAAGGGAGGAAUGACAAAUGCUUUAUUGGUAUUCAAACGGGGCCUGGGACUUCUUGAUUUUUUUUUUCUUCUUUUUGUAUCUGUACAGUCAUGUCGUUCAACCACUGCAGUCAUUGUUAAUUCUUGUACAAGUUGUAUCACUGGUUGUUGUACCAUAUCUGACAUUUGUAAUUAUGAAAUAAUACACUGCCAUUUGUAUAAAAAAAUAUGUGUCCUGACUUAUUUGUGUCAUAUCUUAAUGUGUUGUUUUUUCUGUGAAUAAAUGGGCUUAGAUGGGAGGAAUGAAAAAUA